UUCAACGUUCAGUAAUUUACCGAGCGCCUCUUAGUAGGGUCGUGCGCAUAGUGUCACCGAACGCAUUUAUACAAUUUAUGUAACAAUAACUUAAGAUAAUCAUAUGCACAGAAUGUUUAGUUUUAUAUAAUUGCAUAAGUUGAUUAAAUAAAUCAAAUUUUAUUUAUUUUUAGCGAAAUAUUAUCAAAAGAUGUGAUGUAUUAGUGAAAGUUUUAAUUAUUAUCAAUAAUUUUAGAGAUGUGGAAACUUAGAAUAUCUACAUGAUUCUGAGCAUUGAGGUGAUGCGAGUUUUAUCCCUGUGGCUGCUCGCGUUAAUGUUGCCCGUAGCGCUGGGCGUCUGCGAGCGUGGUCGAACAUGGUGGCAUCGUCAGAAAGGUCUCUGCCUGCCGUGUACCCGCUGCGACCCUCGUCGCCUCGCCGUCCGAUAUCCCUGUGAACCGCACAGGGACACUAUCUGCCAGCCUCUAUAUGAAGUCCGCAUAUGGCCUUUCAGUACAGACAAUGACACGGAUUACGAGUAUUACGAUUACAGUGACGUGACUGGUGAUUACAGUGAUGUGAGUGAUGACACGUGGGAUAUUCAAACUUCGACGUUGACGUUGGCUGUUAGUGGUUGUGUUGUGUUCUUUGCUGUUGUCCUGACGUUAUCGCUGUAUCACGCGAAGCAGUGGCGCGUGCUCAAACAGGCUCUCAAGUCAGACGUACAAGAUCUAUCAGCCAAGCUGAAGCUUGUGGAGGCUGGCGAGUCUCCCGGUGAGCCCAUACCAUCCGGACACAUCUACUGCAACAUACACGUCGCCAAAGAAGCUUUAAUGGGCACUGCGACGAAGAAUUGUUUGGGGAACGUCUACACACAAGAAAAACACACACCAUGAUAUAAAAUGAAUAGCAAGUACAAAACAUAGAACAACCUCGCACAUAGACAAGAUAUCACAUAGACAAGAAUUUUACGAAGUAUUUUUUUAUCGAAAUAUAUGUAUUACAACUAAA